AUGACACCAAGGUCUGGUGUGAGUGUUGAUGAUGAUGAGGUUGAUGGUGUUGGUGAUGAGAUUGGUGAUGUCAAUGAUAAUGAGGUUGAUGGUGUUGGUGAUAAGGUUGGUGGCAUCAACACGAGUGUCCAACCGCAGUGGACUACUGCCUUCGGUUCUAUCUUGAUCCGGACUGCUAACCUGCUAUGGGUGCCUUCGGACGUCAGGUAG